AGUCAGCCUGGGGUCAUUCUGCAAGCGGCAGCCAUGGCGGAGGGAGCUCAGUUGGGGCUCCUGCUCUUGCUGCUCCUCUCUCUGGGAAGCCUCUGGGCCUUGGAGGGCGGGCUCCUGUAUCCGCGGGAGUCCAGGACGCGGGAGAGGAAGGAGCUGGGCGGCCUCUGGAGCUUCCGCCCGGACUGGAGCCCCGCCAGGGACACCGGCUUCCGACAAAAGUGGUUCCUUCAGCCCCUCCGCAAGUUUGGGCCAGUAAUGGAGAUGCCGGUACCGGCGAGUUUCAACGAGAUCACGCAAGACCCAGGGCUGAGGCAUUACGUGGGCUGGGUCUGGUACGAGAAGGAGGUGCUGCCGCCCCUGCGUUGGAUGCUGCCCGAGACUCCCAUGCGGGUAGUGCUUCGGGUGGGAAGCGCCCAUUAUUAUUCCAUUGUGUGGGUCAAUGGUGUGCAAGUGGCGGAGCAUGCGGGUGGACACUUACCCUUCGAGGCCGAGAUCGGGCACCUCCUCACCCCGGGAGAGCCCUGCCGCAUCACCCUCGCCCUCAACAACACCCUGACGCCCGAAACGCUGCCACCGGGGACCAUCCAGUACAUGCAAGACCAGGCGCGGUACCCCAAGGGCUACUUUGUCCAGAACACACGCUUCGACUUCUUCAACUACGCUGGGAUCCACCGGCCAGUCCUGCUCUACACGACCCCUGCGGCCUACCUGGACGACCUCACCCUGAUCUCCGACCUGGCGGGGAGUGCUGGUCUGCUGCAGUACACAGUGUCAGUGAAAGGGUCCGCCCGCUUCUCUGUGGCCCUGGCUUUGGCCGAUGGGGAUGGUAACGUGGUGGCCACCGGGAACGGCGUGGCUGGGGAGCUGAAGGUGCCCAAUGUGACCCCAUGGUGGCCGUACCUGAUGCAUGAGCAGCCUGGGUACCUGUACCAACUCAAGGUCACGGUCUCUGCCGAAGUAGAUGGCGUUGUCGUGGAAGAUGUCUACACCCAGCCAGUGGGCUUCCGCAAUGUCCGUGUCACUCCGAGCCAGUUCCUCAUUAAUGGGAAGCCCUUCUACUUCCAUGGGGUCAACAAGCACGAAGAUGCCGAUAUCCGGGGCAAAGGGCUGGACUGGGCCCUACUGGUGAAGGACUUCCACCUGUUGCGCUGGUUGGGCGCCAACUCCUUCCGCACCAGUCACUAUCCCUACGCAGAGGAGAUCAUGGACCUUUGCGACGCUUACGGCAUCGUCGUCAUCGACGAGUGCCCAGCCGUGGGCAUGAAGGACAGUGCCAAUUUUGGGAACCGGACUCUGCAGCACCACCUGACCGUGAUGGAGGAGCUGGUCCGGCGGGACAAGAACCGGCCCUCGGUCGUGAUGUGGUCGGUGGCCAACGAGCCGGCCUCGGAGCUGGCCCCGGCCGGAUAUUACUUCAAGUCUGUGAUCUCCCACACGAAAUCCCUGGACCCCACUCGCCCCGUCACCUACGUCUCCAACGCUCCCUACAACCGCGACCAAGGGGCGCCAUAUGUGGACGUCAUCUGCGUGAACAGCUACUUCUCUUGGUACCACGACCCCGGUCACUUGGAGGUCAUCCGGCCGCAGCUUAACUCCCAGUUUGAGAACUGGUAUAAAGCCUACCAGAAGCCCAUCAUCCAGAGUGAAUACGGGGCGGAUGCUGUUGCGGGCCUCCAUGCUGACCCUCCUCUCAUGUUCUCCGAGGAGUACCAGGCUGCCGUGCUGAAGGAAUACCAUUCCGUCCUGGACCAAAAGAGGAAGGAAUAUGUCAUCGGAGAACUCAUUUGGAACUUUGCCGACUUCAUGACGGACCAAGAGACGACCCGUGUUUUGGGCAACAAGAAAGGGAUUUUCACCCGCCAGCGUCAACCCAAAGCGGCCGCUUUCCUGCUGAAGGAGAGAUACUGGAAGUUGGCCAACGAAUCUUCAUGCCUUGGGUCGCCCAAAUACGAUGACGUCUGUGUGCCGUUCGCUCCAGAAUUCAGGCGGUUUUGACAAACUCCUUGUUGAGAAUGCUGCACAUAUGUUACGUAAGAGAAGGACUACUCAAAGAGUACAAUCAGGGAGUGUUUUGCAGGCUCAGACGCACAAGACGGGCAGUUUCCAUGUCAAUGGGGCAGUGAAUCCAUGCCAAGGUUUGGGUGGGUUUUCAAGGCGCUUUAAAAAUAGUUUCAGCACUUUGGAGAGUUUCUUUGAAACCCGGAAUGGAUCAACAGUUUUCAGGAAUGAACUUGAGUAUGAAAGGCCUGGUGUUGGAAGCUAAGGGGCUUCCCAUAGUCUGUCUUAGUCAUAGGCAUGUCUAUCCUUUCAGAUCAGAGUUUCUCAAAGUUUCUCAAAGGGGGUUUCAGAGGGGUUGCCAAAGACUAUCAGAAAUUAUAAGUUGCUUACCUGUAACUGUAGUUUCCUGAGUAGUCACCUAUGAAUUUGCACUAGUUCUAGAAGGUUCCGAAGCUGUACUGCACAGGCGCAGGAAUACCAUGUGUGCAAUUCAUAGUUGACUACGACAGGAAAACAUCUAUUUCCAAUGGUCUUAGAACCCAUUUGGCAGUGAAGGCUGAAGAUCUCUCCGCCUGCCCUUCUCUUCCUUUUUGGAAACAGACGGUGAAUCCUCCCACCAAAAACUCUCCUCUGCUGUGAUUGGUUGGCCUCUCAGCCAAAGGGAGGGCUGUUUCUGAGACUCCAAACAGGGAGGGGAGAGCAGGCGUGCUCAGCACAUAGAAGCAUGGUGUGCAUGUGUGGGGCAAGGGAGAGCAUGCGAGGCUGGAGGGAGGCUCAUGCCAGCGAGUCCCUUCAAGGCAUGGGGGGUUUGUGUGGGAUGUUUUCCCCAAUUCUAUUGUUGCUGGGGUUCAGAUUUCUAGGUGAACUACAAAUCCCAGCAAUUACAACUCCAAAACCUCAAGGUCUAUUUCCCCCAAACUCCAUGGUGUGCAUGUGUGGGAGAGGGAGAGCAUGCUAGGGUGAAGGGAGGCACACUGCAGCAAGUCCCUUCAAAGCAGAGGGGUUCUGUGUGGGAGGUUUGGCCCAAUUCUAUUGUUGGUGGAAUUCAGAAUGCUUUUUGAUGGUAGGUAAACUAUAAAUCCCAGCAACUACAACUCUCUAAUGUCAAGGUCUAUUUUCCCCAAACUUCAAUAGUGUUCACAUUUGAGCAUAUUGAGUAUUUGUGCCAAGUUUGGUCCAGAUCCAUCAUUGUUUGAGUCCACAGUGCUCUCUGGAUGUAAGUGAACUACAAGUCCUAAAAUCAAGAUCAGUGCCCACCAAACCCA